UCGGAGAAAUGCAACGCGCUUGUCGUACGUGUUUUGUGCGGGCCACGCCGAGGACGGUACUUCCGGUGGUACUUGGGUACUGGACAUGGGUACUUCCGGCGUCUGCUCUGUGGAUGGGUUUUGCACUUGUCGCCGCGUCUCCCGUGCCGGACGCUUCUGCAAGUCCAGGAGUCCCACUCGUGACCGGCGCAGACGGCUCCCAUGUACGCCUUCCCUGCGUGGCAGCUGGCAGCCCGAGCGACGACGAACCAGCGCUGGUGCUCUGGUACAGAGAGGGCGACGGUGCUGAAGCUACCCCGCGAUACAGCGUGGACGCUCGACGAGGUUCCGGAGGUCUUGCUGGGGGCAGACACGCCAUGGCGGACGGCUGGGCCGGAAGGGCGUACUUCAAUGCCGUCGCUAGGGUUUUAGAAUUGGAUCCCGUUCGACUACAAGAUGAAGGCCGCUACAGGUGUCGAGUGGAUUUUCGACGGGGCCGUACGAGGACGUCCCAUGUUAUGCUCACAUUGACCGUGGCUCCUCACAACCUCACGAUUACAGACGGACGAGGAAACUUACUGCAGAGCCUUAUCGGACCGUACAACGAAGGAGAUUCCGUUCGUUUUCUGUGUUCUGCUCAAGGUCGACCUCCCCCUAUCGUGACGUGGUGGCGGGACGCCGUGCUCCUCGACGACAGCUACGAGUCUUCCCCGACACCUCCUAACGGCGUCCAAGGGACGUCCCAGAAUGAACUCGUCAUUCCUCAGCUAGAAAGGCAUCACCUGAUGGCUCUGGUCACCUGCACUGCGCGAUGCGGGGACAUGGAGGCCAAGAGUUCCAUCACUUUGGACAUGAACUUUCGUCCAAUGGGAGUCCAAAUCCGACGGAUGGACACUCCGCUGGUGGCGGAAGCGUCGGUGCACCUGGAGUGUGAGUCUUGGGGAUCCCGGCCCCCACCUUCGAUGGCUUGGUGGAAAGGCUCCCAGCAGAUGACACGCUCUUGGGAUCGCUUGUCGGUCGACGGGAACCUGACCACGAGCGUCCUGGCCUUUACUCCCGGAAGUGAGGAUCACGGGAAACGUCUGCGCUGCGUCACUUUCAACCCCCAUAUCCCCGACAGUGCCCUCGAAGACCAUAUCCUUUUACAAGUAGACUUCGCACCCGUGGUGAGCGUUCGCCUGGAAGGUGGAGGAACCGCCGUGCAAGAAGGAGCCUCAGCUCUUCUGCACUGUUCCGUCCGUGCGCAACCUCCUGCCGAGGGUCCGCCGGUGUGGCUGCUAGACGGCCGACCGACGAGCCCUAGUCGAACGGGGCUUCUGGACAACGGCACCCUGCUCAUUCGCGCGGUGAACAGAAAUGACUCUGGAGCGUACACGUGUUCUGCGGGGAACUUGCACGGCAGCUCGCAGAGCCCUCCACUUAGGAUCACCGUUCUUCAUACCCCAAUCUGCGCUCCUGGACAAUCCACGGAGUACCUUGCUGCACUGGAUGAACCUGUGUCCGUCCACUGCAAAAUGAUCGCCGAGCCCAAAGAAUCCUCUUUCUCGUGGACGUUCAAUAACAGCCGGGGAGAACUCGUCGCCCUGGUAUCCUUCAACACUUCAGGGAGUGAAAGCAUAGCGCGUUACGUGCCACGAUCUCCCCUGGACUAUGGGACUCUUUACUGUUCGGCCACCAACCGCGUCGGAACGACGACGGACCCGUGUGUGUUUCGUGUGAGCACCAAGGACGGUGCCGUGUACGUGCCUGAGCCACCGGUCUGUCGGACGGUGCUCAGGGUGGGAUCGGGGUUCCGGGUUCUCUGUCAGGCCGGGAGGGCCAAGGGAUUUUUGCUAGAGGUGAGGGACUCGCAGGGUGUGCUGAGGAGAAGUCUAGCAGCGGAUGCGCCGUCGUUCGAGGUGGACGAUUUGCCACCUGGGACGUCCUUCGUAGCCCGCGCAUUCGCCCUGGGUCCCCAGGGCCUCAGUGCCCCCUCGGAGCCUCUGGUGCUCCCUCCCGUGCCUUCUACGCCUUCUAACCCGGGAGCCCGGACCAGCCCUUGGGAGCGGCCCGACGUCUGGGGAGGUGUCGUCGCGGGAUUUUUGCUACUUGUGCUGACAACGACGUUAGCAGCCAUAUUUGUAGCGAGGAGAAAACGCUCUGAUCCGGAUUUAAAAAGGAAGGAGGCCGAAUCGCUCAGCGAAGAUGACAAGACGUGUCCAGACGUUAAAGGUCCUGAUGUCGUGCCGGGUACAAGGUCUCUGCAGGUCUUCACAAAGUGUUAGCGUGCGAUGAAGAGGAGACGUUGCUCCACACACUGGCAAAUGGAGCUCGUGUUGGAGAAGUAAGAGAUUCUGGAUGAGUUACUCCGCGAAAGUGGCGGGAUAUGGGCCGAACCAGGAUCUCUACCGGACUUCUCACAGGACACCGGCGCUUUGGGAACUUCUUGAAAAGAAACGGGUCCUGUGACGACGACCUACGGCAACUGAAGUCCGACGACAUGAGAACAGAGACCGCCCUAUAAAGUGGAAAAGGACUUUCCUACUGCUCCAGAGCCGACAGGCAAGCGUCGGCUGAAUGGAAUCAUGUAUGGAGUGAGCAACAAACAGUAGAAAGAGUCUGGGGUAUCAGAUGUCCGUGUGUUUACCGUGCGAAGAUGAGACGUUCUCCACGAAGAACAAGGAAAGUCCUGGUCGGCAGACUGGACGACGACAACAGAGGCUGGGCACUAUUUUUGGUAAUAAACAUUUCACUAAGA